GGGCAUUCAACCGCGUAAGAAAACAACCACGAGGCUGAAAAAAUAUGCAAUUAUCAAAUACAAUGUACCAUUUUUAUUGCCCAUCGACUUCGUGGUUUUUUUUUUUAAAACCACGCUUGCAGCAUCACUGCUAUUUUCUGUGUGAGAUUUGCUGAUCAGAGUUAAUGAAGAUAAAUUGGACGAAUUACGUUAUUUCAAUUAAACAAAGGACGGACGAGGCGCAGAUCUGUUUAAAUUUGAGAUUAGAGUUUGGACGAUCUUAAUCGAGAAGAUAUUAAGCACUUAUAGGGCAGCUACAGAGUUUUGUUGUGCUUAAGAAGCUAGUCGAAGCUUGUAUUGAUUCAACACUAAUAAUUAACGCGUUUAAAUUACGCAAAAUCCUCAUUCAUGUUUCUCCUACCUGUGACGAAACCUUUCAAUCGUUUUGUUUUUUUCCUAAUAUGGCUUUGGAUUUUACCAGAAAGUAGAAAUUUGUCUGAAAUGUCGUGUUAAGUGAUUAUGAGAAUGUAGGCACGUUAUCACGUGGUAACCGAUGGAGAUUGUGCAAUGUGGGAUGCGUUUGAUGGAGAACAGAUACUUGACAACAAAUCGGAGUUGACAACGAAUAUUUCAAGUGUGGAUUUAGCGGCUGGGAACCAGAUUAUUACACAGCGGAACCAGAUUGUUACAGAGAUAGUAUAACUACAUUAACAAUAUCUCCAGAAAGGUCACCGCUUGUUUUAACUGUCGCAGACAGAAAACGUUGACAGCUGCAGAUGAUGUUUUUGUAACACUUCGUACUGUCGUCGGCUCGUUGUUGGAUAAAGGGAUGACGAGGAGCCUAGUGAUGACGUUAGUGAUAAAAAUUACCAUGAUUUUUAACGCAAUGUUUGCAGUGUUGACACCAAUCAAAACGAAGCUGUGUGUUGAAGGCUUAGUGGCGCCCCCUGUCGUCAACGAGACGAGGGUGACUGGAACGGAAGUAAAGAUAUCCUGGGUGAUUGAAGAGAACAACUUUACCAUAGCGGCCUUCCGGAUCCAUUACGAGGCUUCACGUCACCAGGAAAGCGUGACAAAAACUCUCAAUGGUCUCUUGAGAUCUGUGACCCUCCGCCAUCUCUACCCGCUGACUACCUACAGGUUCUUAAUGGUAACUAUCGCGGACAGCGGUCUCUUCAGCAACGCCAGUCACUCAGUGGAGUUCACAACCGCUGAUCCAGAAAACACAGAUCCGGUACGACUCCAUAAUUAUGGAUUUCGGGCAGAGGAAAUAAUUUUUAUUCUGAUCGUGGUUGCCGUGUGGAUUGUUGCCAUGGUAUUUUUCUACAAACAGUGGGACAGUAUUCGUAUUCUGCAGCCUAUCGAGCCCCGGUAUAAACACACUCCUAAAAACCUGGAAAGCAUAAGAAUUGUGAAAAGACCGCAGGAUAGUGUUAUUUAUAAAAACUACAGCAGGAAGUUGUCCAUCACGAUGGACGAAAGGGAGAAACGGCGACUACAGAGAAUGAACACGGAGCCCGUGCUUCCAAGCGUGUCACGGCUCAGUGCAUUACCCACAGUUCAUAUGGAGGAAGCGACGACAGAAAUGUGAUGUCAAUUUCCCGCGUUAUAUACAUCAUUCAUUUCAUUCCCCAGUGGUCUCAUUAAUUAAUAUAUUACACAAUUUACUUUUCUCAUCAAUAUUGGAGCUGACAUGUGUAUCGAUGAUGAAUCUGUUUAUGUCCCCCACGCACAAAGUUUGUAUUCUCCCCGCAAACAGUCUGCGAGGGUUAUAUCGGAAUCACCAUGUCCGUCCGAUCGCCCCACUAUUUUUUUCCAGGUCGUGAUUUUGUAAUAGAAAUGAAGUCCCUGAGUCAAAAUCAUUACGCCAAGAUCAAGGGUAGAAAAAGUUUUCAAAUCUCUGUCUGGGUCGUAACUUAAACAUUAGAAGCAUUGAUUAAUAUAUCAUGAUCCUGAUCAAGGUCAUUUGGCCAAAGCCAAGGACAAUUAAAGUUAUUGCCUUGGUAACUAUAUGUAUGUAAAGCAGGAAUGGUAACAAUUUUAAUGUUUGAACAUACCGGGUAACCCAACUUCGAUAUCGAUGAUCUCCCCACGGGAGUAGUAGUCCAGUUUGAACAGGUUUACUUCCCACAUGAUUUACAAGGUAAUUAAUUAUCAGAAUUUUAUUAGAGUAUAUUCAUGUUUUCCCUUGUUCUAUAAAUCUACGAAAUCUUUAACAGUGAUGUGUGUCACUUUUGGCGAUGCAUAAACUUCCAUUUAAGAUUUCAUCGAUCUCGCUAAUUAGGUUUGGAUAAAUUGGACCAUGCGAAAAGCACAUGACAGAGUGUUCAAUCAGCAUUUGAUGUAAUUUUAUUGACUGUAAACUAAUUUUGUUCCCCUGGGAUACAUUCAUCAUGGUGAGCACAUCUGAGUUUCCGUAUUUUUACACUUUUUUGCAGGUUCCCACGACUUGGUUUAUUUUGGUAAUGGUUUUAGAUUGAUGUAGUACACGUCAUUUAUUUAUGAUUUCAGUGAGACUUUGUACCGCAUGAUUAAUUUGUAUGAACAGUACCGGUGCAUACUAUAGCUUGCCCUGUUUAAUCUUCCUAACUAAAUGUAUAUGUAAUGUUAUUAUGUGAAUUAACUAUCAAACUUGCGCUGUGUCCAGGGGCCCGUGUUUGUCCUACUUCUAUUGUCCCGUGUUUGUCCUACUUCUAUUGUCCCGUGUUUGUCCUACUUCUAUUGUCCCGUGUUUGUCCUACUCCUAUUGUAGUUUUGCAUCUUUAAGGGAUUUAUGAGAUUGAUUGUUGUUCGUUAUCUUCGCUUUUUCCUUUUUCAUCAGCUGUCGUGUCAAAGUUUUGUUUUUGAAUAUCUACGUCCAUUUUCGGUUUUAAAAAUACAUAUAUUCAAUGCCUUGGGACGUAUAAAAAUAGGGGAAGGGGCGAGACCCGAGUUUGUGCCUCUUCUACCCAGGAAAGGGGAGUGGGUGAAUAGUUGAAAAAGGUGACCAAAUGUUUAUGAAAUGUUCAACGAAAUAGGUGUACAACCCCCUUAAUCGCGUCUUUAGAUCCGCCCCCUGUGUCUGCAUGCUGUUAUAUUUGUACACUACACGAUGUACCUGUAUAUUAUAUGUACACUGUGAAAUGCAACAAUGAUGUAGACGUCACUACAAUAUUAUUUGCUCAGUAUAUGUACACUUUGCAGUAAACAGGACACUCAUACCGAUUGUUAGGUCGUUCUUUAUACACUGAUUUUGACUACGGAUUACUCCCGUUUAUGGAGCUCACGGCGGUUGUGACCGGUCGACAGGGGUGCGUUCUCCUCUUAAACACAACACAUUAAACUAUAAUGGCACUGUACAAACUAUUGACAGUGUACACUACACAGUGCGCAUGUGCGACAACACGGCACUAUACGACAAAAUAACACUACAUUGUAUUAUAUUUAUCAAAAUAUGGCACAGUGACUGUAUAAGAGAAAUUUGUUGGAGAAUACCGGUAACCCUCGAUAGCGAAGAUGUUGUUGACGAAAAAAAUGAAUCUCGAGCCCGAAGUACAAUCUUUUUUAUUGAUAUCACAUAAGGGUAAAAAGGGGGUGGGGUGGGGACUAUGCAUGUACUUCGAGCAUUCCGCAAAUAAGUAAUUGAUUGACCAUAAUUUAUUCCAUCAACUGGACAGCACGUGUUGUAUAUUAAACUUUACUUUGGUCGCUGUAUUGUGUAGAAAAACACUUCUGUAGAAAAUCAAACCACUCCUCUGAUAUGUUAUCCAAAGUAUAUCGCUUUGGAUAAUCAAAGCAACGUGAGCAUUCAUAGAAAUUACAUAGGAAAGGGUUGGCUUACUACCCCCCCCCCCCCCCCCCCCCCCAUUUAAAUUUCUUUUUUGCUAAUGGCGGCCCACAAUUUUACCCCCUAGGCACAGCAUCUGAUCUACACGAUAUAAAACUGCAUGAACGAUGCAAGGAAAGGUCACACGUAUUUUUGUAUGAUAAUGGUCGUUCGUGCAAGUCGUACGUGACUACAUUCAGGAUCAUAGUGUUUCACAAAGGCAAAUUGCUGGGGUCAUAUUUGUACUUAAUCAGAUUUAAUUUAUAAUAUUUGUUGUAUUUCAUAAAGGCCGUCAUGGCAGUGUUGGGAUUUAUAAUUAAGAAUCCACUGUACAUUUACAUUUGGUCUUUCUACUGACUAAAAAUGGCAUUAGUUCGGUUUUAAUGACUGACAUUUUGUUGUCCAAUAAGUAAACCGAGUUUUAUUUUAAGCUUUCUUCUGAUGCCCUCUUAUUUAUGUGUUACAUUUUACAUACUAUCUUAUUUAUGUGUUACAUUUUACAUACUAUCUUAUUUAUGUGUUACAUUUUACAUACUAUCUUAUUUAUGUGUUACAUUUUACAUACUAUCUUAUUUAUGUGUUACAUUUUACAUACUAUUCACUCACAGUCGUAUACAACAGAAUCAAAAGCAACAAUUGUAACGUAUUUUUUGUUUCGAGAAGUUUUAUUAAAUUAUUUACACAAAACUCAAUCAUCAAAGUGGACCUAUUUUGUACCUUUUAGAUUUUUGGUUACUUCUGAAUAUUGAGACAUUCCAUACCUCGCCCCAUUUUCUCGUUAGUUAUGCAUGUACAUCGCGUUAGUUCACUCUAUCUAUAUUAAAGGAAAUAUUAUGCCAUUGGUAUACAACUUAUCUACUAUUUUAAAAACCAAUUGCAAUAUAUAUAUAUAUAUAUAUAUAUAUAUAUAUAUAUAUAUAUAUAUAUAUAUGGUCAUAUUUACGUUAUCAGUAUUUUUGUCUCAGAUACCUUUACAAAUUGUUACACUUUAAGCAUUUCUUCAAUGAACGCGCAGCUGUUGUAAAUAUUGCGCGUAUGAAUACAGAACUACUUGAUAAUUCUAGACUAGUACGUUAAACUAAUGACCAGGGAUUUCAAUAGAAAAGUAAAAAGAACGUAAAUAAAAUAGAUUUCAAUAGAAAAGUAAAGAGAACGUAAAUAAAACAGAUUUCAAUAGAAAAGUAAAGAGAACGUAAAUAAAAUAGAUUUCAUUUUUGAAAAUACUCGAGGGUGUAAACUGCGACGAGUCACGUGACAUACAAAACGAAAUACGUUAUUCCUAAAUAAAGUCUAGUUUUUGAUGAGUCACGUCGACAUACAAAACGAAAUACGUUAUUCCUAAAGAAAGUCUAGUUUUUGGUUGUAUAGUCAAACAAGUUUCAGUCUGCUUCUGACCCCCUCCUCCCUCAAGAUGUUCAUAUGAUCCUGCUGCACACAGACAUAUAUACGGAAUGUGUGCUCUGUGGGACAGUGUUAUCAUAUUCUGGUCAUGUGAUAUGUACGAUGGUUAAAUAUGACUUUAAUUAUUUUUGUAUGCUCGUGUGUAAAUUGAUGAACACAAAUUACGUUGCACUGUUGUUGGAAAUAUAACAAUAAAAUUGUUCUGAAAUG